AUGCAGUCGUUGUCGUUGUUGGCUCAGAGUCUAAUAUCCCUGGCUGAUGAGCUUCCACCCACGGCCCUCCUUCGGGAUCUCUUCGCACUAGCGAGCACCUCCCCUAUGGGAUCUAUGGCUAGGAGGCUGAUCGCUAAGGAAGUUGGUGGUAAUCAAGUUCCUGCCGGACAACUUGCUCAACUACGAGUUUUCAAAAACGCAUGCCAAAUUAUGAAGUAUUGCAAAUCCAGUGCCGUUGAGGGAAUGUUCAACGAUUCUGAAUUUGGGGAAUCUAUUCGGGUUUUUUUCGAAGCGGCAAUGGCAAACACGAAAGCACCGACUAAACGGAUACGACCAAGAUGGGCGAACGAAAUUUACUGGCUGUUGAAGGAUCAUAUGAAGGUCCGAGUAAAGAGUCGGUCGUUGGUGGACAACGAGUGUAUGGAUAUUUUGAUGCUUGCCGAUCCUAGAGGGGUUGAGCCUGCGGAAAUCGAUAACACAUCUGGGCGAGUCGGUAAACAUAAAGCCAACAGACAGGAAGUGGUCGUGGAGUGUUUGGGGCCUUACGCGUAA